AUGCAAACAAGACUGCCAAUCAGCUUCAAAAAGUAUCUCGUUGCAAUCAACCUUGUCAACCAAUCACCCCUUGAGUCAACACUUUCCAGUCUCCGCAUGUUCAUGGUCCUAGUGUCUUUCAUUGAAAAGAUCCACCUGCUGGAGGGGCGGUCGCGCGGAGUCGAAUACCUCGGACAUGACGUCGAGUUACCUGCUAGCAGUAGACUAUCAUGA